AUUAAAAAUGUAUUGAUAGCUCUAAUUGAUCGCCUCGCAAUUUAUGCUUCUUGCGAAGGUGCUGAAAUUCCGGCCGAUCUACCGCUUUUCGAUAUUUUCUCGAAGCAAACAGAAUCGGUGAUAAUGAGCCGCGACGGCAUGCCACCAGAAGACAUCGUUUCUUUGCAGAUCAUGAAAUUUUUACGCAUUCCUGUGGAUCAGUACGACGAUGUUGUUCAACUGCUGCACCUGGAACACUACAGCGACGUGAUCGAGCUGCUGGAUUACCGUGGUCGGACACAGGCAGCCUCAUACGUUCUACAGAAUAUGAUUGAAAAUGACACAGCUCUGACAACAAUGGAAGAAGUGGAGAAGUUGUUGCAUCUGAUCGAAUCAUUGCUUGUGGACCAGGAAGACCAGCCAAAUGAUUUAGAGAACAGUGAAGAUUUUGUGGACGAGCAAAUACUUGUUGCACGACUGGUCAACCUUAUCCAUGCACCGUCAACCGAU